UAAUAUCUAUUGACUAAUAAAAGUCAUAUUUUUUGUCAAAAAAAAAAAAAAAAUUCAUCUUCUAAAAAUUAAAAGAAGUUGGAAGCUUUGAACCCUCCAACAAUGGCGGGGCAAGACAGCAGCAACCUCCAUUACUGGGGAAACAUAGACGAGCAAGACUACUACACCCAGCAACGAAUCAAAGGCUCAACCUCCUACUUCACUUCCCCAAGAGGCCUCAAGCUCUUCAAUCGUUCAUGGCUUCCGCUCUCAUUCCCUGCAACCCCUCCUCGUGCCCUAAUCUUCAUGGUCCACGGCUACGGAAACGACAUAAGCUGGACCUUCCAAGCCACGGCCAUCUUCCUCGCCCAAAACGGCUACGCCUGCUUCGCUCUCGACCUCGAAGGCCACGGCCGAUCCGACGGUCUAAAAGCCUUCGUCCCCUCCGUCGAUCUAGUCGUCCAAGACUGCCUUUCCUUCUUCAACAACAUCAAAAAACAAGAUCCCCAAUUUCAAAACCUAGGGCUUCCUUCGUUUCUUUAUGGAGAAUCCAUGGGAGGAGCGAUCUGCCUCCUGAUCCACCUUUCCGAUCCGGAGGGCUUCGACGGCGCCGUUUUGGUCGCACCCAUGUGUAGAAUCAGCGAUAAACUGAAACCCAGAUGGCCAAUUCCCCAAAUUCUGACCCAAUUCGCGAGGCUGUUCCCAACCCUAGCUGUGGUCCCGACGGAGGAUCUGAUGCCGAAAUCGGUGAGGGUGGAGGAGAAGAAGGUGGUGGCGGAUCGGAAUCCGAUGAGGUACAGAGGGAAGCCGAGGCUGGGGACGGUGGUGGAGCUUCUGAGAGUGACGGAGUAUUUGAGUGAGAGGUUGAAGGAAGUGAAGGUGCCAUUGUUGGUGGUGCAUGGGAGUGGUGAUGUGGUGACUGACCCUCAGGUGAGCAGAGCAUUGGUUGAAGAAGCUGAGAGUGAAGAUAAGAGUAUAAAGAUAUAUGAUGGUAUGAUGCAUUCUUUAUUGUUUGGUGAGAGUGAUGAGAAUGUUGAGAUUGUCAGGAGUGAUAUUCUUUCUUGGUUGAAUCAUAGGUCUAAUGAUAAUGAUACUACUUCAUCAAUCAUUAUCGAUUGAAUCGAUGGUUUUGGUUUUGGUUUUGUUUAUCAAAGUUUGAUUUUUUUUCAAUGUAGGUUAUGUAUAUUGUUUAUAGUGUUAAUUUGAUCAGUAUUGUUAUGGGACACUUGCGUUGUUAGCCAACUCUUUUAGCUUUGGUGUAGAUUAUGAUCAUUACAACAGUUUUUUA